ACUUAAAAAAAACGCUAAAACACCACCACCACCACCAUUACCACCGUGCCUGUGCCGUGUUCUCCUGCUGUUCGGAGAGAAAGUUCUUAGGUUGGACUUAGAUCUGACCCGCAUUGUCUUGGUUUUUCCUGUUACAUAAUCGGCUGUCGACAUGGUUGCGCAAGAUUUCACCGUUGAUUUGAAUAAAGCCCUUGUCUUCCAGGUUGGUCAUCUUGGAGAAUCUUAUCAAGAGUGGGUUCACCAGCCUAUUGUCAGCAAAGAAGGUCCUCGGUUUUUUGAGAGUGAUUUUUGGGAGUUUUUGACGCGUACAGUCUGGUGGGCAAUCCCGGCCAUAUGGCUGCCAGUUGUAUGCUGGUGCAUUUCCAUGUCUGUACGGAUGGGUCAUACACUUCCCCAAAUAGCUUUAAUGGUGGUGUUUGGCAUUUUUGUUUGGACCUUGCUGGAAUACACUUUGCAUCGCUUCCUUUUUCACAUUGAAACAAAGAGUUAUUGGGGAAACACCAUCCACUAUCUUCUUCAUGGCUGCCACCAUAAGCACCCAAUGGAUGGUCUUCGGCUUGUCUUUCCUCCUGCUGCAACAGCUGUUCUAUGCAUUCCGUUUUGGAACCUGGUAAAGCUCAUAGCCACUCCAUCGAGUACACCUGCUUUGUUUGGAGGUGGUUUGCUAGGUUAUGUCAUGUACGAUGUAACCCAUUACUACCUGCACCAUGGUCAGCCAACAAGUGAAGUGCCCAAAAACCUCAAGAAAUACCACUUGAAUCAUCACUUCAGGAUCCAGAAUAAGGGUUUUGGAAUUACUUCAGCAUUAUGGGACAGAGUUUUUGGAACACUUCCAACCACAAAAGCCGCUGAGAAGAGUAGAUAAUUUAGUUGGAGAUCGAUGAAUAAGUAUUAAUUGGUUCCUAGUGUGAUUAUUAAACAUAUUCUUUUAGUGAUUCUUUCUUCGGUUUCUGUUUUCCGUAUGCUGCUUGAGACGAUGUUAUGUCGGUAGCAUGUCAUGGAUGGUCUCUCUUCAAAUUCAAUAGUUUUGUGUAAAUGAUAUUAUGUUCCCAUAUCUAUUGCCAUUUUAUGAAGGAAAUGUUCCCCAUCUAAUAAGCUGUGGAUGACGUU